AUGAAGAAAAGCUAACGAAUGAAUAAGAGAGUGCUCUAUGGCGCGUAACUCCUUACCUACCUGGCUUUGGUAGGGCAUGGGAGUGCAAUCGGCAUUUCAAAGCCUGGAGACUGGCAACCCGCAAGUGUUCUGAAGUUAAUAGAGACCUCACAAAACAAACUAGAGGUUGGUGAGAAUAUGUUCAGAGGAGUUUAUGGCUUGGAGGGCAAGCCAGCCCCUGAUUCAAAUAUCAGACAAUACAUCUUCCAGUACACACUCCCUUCAUAGGCCACUUACUAAAACACGAUUACCUUUGACGACGGAACACAGCAAGUCAAACCCAUAGAGCUUAUGACAAAUACAAAUCAAGAAUGCAAGUUCUAUGCAACCUCUUCAAAGUCCUUCGCCUCAUACUCAAGUUCAUCAGUUAACAGCUAGUCCAACGCAUGGUCAGUUGGCUAUGAAAACGAGGUCACAGUUUCUGCUGAAGUCGGAGUUGGAGAGACAGGAAAGGUCUCUGCUUCGACCACUGUCAAAAAUGGAUUCAAUUUUGGCGUCAGUGACGAGAUUUCUUAAGAAUAUAAGUUCGCAUCAACUUCAAACACCUACACAAUGAAUCAGGUUGCUGUUGCCAAGAUGUUCUCAAUGACUUGGGACAUUUAGCGUCCUUAAUAACUUGCACCGACAUUCGCUUCAGCUUUGGAUGCAUUGGGAAAGAAUUCAGCUUCAACCAUUCAAGAUACCUAUAACUUGGUUCAGACCUUUGGAACCCAUUAUUAUGAGUCCGCAGUGGUAGGGGCAAGAGCUCAAGUGCAACUCUUCUCUGAUGGUUCUUCAUCUUAAGAAUCAUUCUAGCAGGAGGCUAAAAAGACCUUCCAAGGAGGAGUGACCGUAAUGAAUCUUGGCAUAAGCGCUGAGAGCACCACCUCAUCUUCAACUUCGACCUCAGGAGCUGUAUCCAAUUCCAAGAUGUCAUAUUCCCUCAAUACAGAUGGAUGUACAAAGGCUGCUUGUGGAACAAUCUAAAGAUGCUCUGCUACCAAGCCCAAGAUCAUUCAGUACACCUUAAAGGGGAUGUGGGAACUCAGCAGCAGAUUCCCCUAAUAUAACGCUGGCCUCUAAAAAAUCAAGGCUUACUACGAUCAGGCAUAACAAAAGGGAUUAGAUUGUAGAAACAACUACUGCAAUUCUCAUGGAAUUUGUGCACCAUCUGGAAGUUUCAAUACCAACUCACCUUUUAAUGGUGUUGUCUACCAGAAGUGUCUUUGCGAUUAGGGAUGGAUUGGCUCUACUUGCAAGCAAGCUGGGGUUCCCUUCGUCCCAAUUACCCUAAAUUCAUGCAAGCAAUGCUCCUCAGGAAAUAAUGGAGGAAGCUGCCCAAGUGGAACAUACAACAAGCAUGGAGGUAUUGUCAUUGGAGAUGGAUGGUCAGAUUUCCAUAAAUCAUUCAAUGGAGCUUGUUAGGGCAGCACUUCUAGCUCAGGUUCAGCUGCUCUUUGCUGCUAAGCAGAUAAUGCCAACUCAAACCUUGGAGAAUGCAGAUAAUGCUCUUCUUGUGGAGGGGAUUUCCCUUUCUAUGGAGGAUACGUGAAUAGGUUCGACACCUGGUCAUAUUACUGGUGGAAUUCUUACACUUAUGGUGGAUAGUGCAGUGGGAGCAUAGCUGACAGAGCUGCAGAAAUUUCUGAUGGCAGAAAAGGAAUUAGUCUCUGCUGCAAAAGUCAACCUAUUUGCCAGUGGUGCACUACCUGUGGAGGUAAAUACCCAGUUUCCCAGGGAUAAACAUCUGUCAGCAAGGACUGGAAUCUGGCUACUAACACAAAAGGAGAUAGAUGUGGCAAUGAGGGCUUUGGCUAAAACGGGUUCAGAGGUGGAAUCAACCUUUGCUGCAUGGAAUCCACCAAACUCUCAGAAUUCCUUGUUGAACCAUCCGAUCUUCAAGUUCCUUUCACUCCCUAAGGGAGAAGCUACUACAAUAUUGUGAAAGGUCUCUCAAACCCUACCUUCAACAGAGACAAAAAGAGAUGCGAUGAUGGAAAGGACUAUGAUGUGCUUACUAUUACUAGUGGCGCCACUAGAAGUUCUCCCAAAGUAGCUGGAGGCAUGAUAGUUCCAAGAGAUCUUGCCUGGUCCUCUGGAGAGCCUGGCAACCCCAACGACUCAUUCUCAGUUUCUGCUGAAGGUGGAAUUAACUUUGUGAUCAUCGUGGGAUGGAACCAAAGCCCACCCAAUCCAAGACCUCUAUACAGAGGAUAGCUUGACCUCAGUAGAUUCAACUUUAAGGGGGAUACUUACCACGGAUAUUUCAAAUCUCUUACCUGCAGAGGCACUCCGUAUCUUGCAUUUGACCUAGUCCCCUAGUGA